GGGGGAGUCUCCAGCCUUCCUCACCAAGCUUUAGGAUCUCAGCUGGAGGAAUACCAGAGGAUCCUUCCCCUUUCCCUAUUUCUUCUCCAUCCAGCCUCCUGAGCCAGCCCCUGAGCAGAUUAAAGACGGGCAGAGCAGUUGAAAGGUGGUGCCAGGAGGAUGCGGCCCCGAGGGGCGGGCUCGGCCCAGGGGCUCCCGGCGCUCUGACCGGCCCGGCGGCGGCGGCUGUGCACGGCGCGGGGCGAGUGGGCUACGAGAUGAACACUUCGGCUCUCGCCCCCCUGGGAAAUAUUUCCGGCCACCUGAAUUUCUCGGAGAAGAACUCGCAGCUCUUGCAGUUUGAGGAUGAGGAUUGCCAUGUGCCUUUGGCCGUGGUCUUCACUUUGGCCUUGGCUUACGGGACCGUGAUAAUUCUGGGAGUCUCUGGGAAUCUGGCCCUGAUUGUCAUCAUUUUAAAACAAAAGGAGAUGCGCAACGUUACCAACAUCCUCAUUGUCAACCUGUCCUUUUCCGAUCUUCUAGUGACCAUCAUGUGUCUUCCCUUUACCUUUGUGUAUACUUUAAUGGACCACUGGAUUUUUGGGGAGGCCAUGUGCAAACUGAAUCCUUUCGUGCAGUGUGCCUCAAUCACCGUCUCGGUCUUUUCUUUAGUCCUCAUUGCUAUCGAGCGCCAUCAGCUUAUCAUCAAUCCCCGUGGCUGGAGGCCCAACAACAGACAUGCCUACAUGGGCAUUGCUGCCAUAUGGAUUUUAGCCACAGCUUCCUCUUUGCCUUUCCUGAUCUACCAUGUGUUAACGGAUGAACCCUUCAGAAACAUAACAUUUGAUGAAUACAAGGACAAAUAUGUGUGCUUGGACCUGUUCCCCUUGGACACUGCCAGGCUUUCUUACACGACGACGCUUUUGGUGAUUCAGUACUUCGGACCGCUUUGUUUUAUAUUUAUUUGCUACUUGAAGAUAUACAUACGAUUAAAAAAAAGGAACAACAUGAUGGACAAGAUGAGAGAUAAUAAGUACAGAUCCUCUGAAACCAAAAGGAUCAACAUCAUGCUGAUCUCAAUAGUGGUCGCAUUUGCAGUUUGCUGGCUGCCUCUCACCAUCUUCAAUAUCGUGUUUGAUUGGAAUCAUGAAAUUCUGCCUGUUGCUACCUGCAGCCACAACCUGUUGUUCCUGAUUUGCCACCUCACCGCCAUGAUCUCUACCUGUGUGAACCCCAUCUUCUACGGGUUUCUCAAUAAGAAUUUCCAAAGGGACCUGCAGUUUUUAUUUCAUUUUUGUCAUUUCCGCUCCCGUGAGGAGGAUUAUGAGACUAUAGCCAUGUCUACCAUGCACACAGAUGUUUCAAAAACCUCAUUAAGGCAGGCAAGCCCAGUUGCAUUUAAAAAAAUAAAUAGUGAUGAUGAUGACAAAAUAUAGAGAAGUAAUAAAAAUUCCAUGCCAAACUGCUGGAAGUGUGAUCAUGGGUGAAACGUGUCCAAGGACAAGCACAAUUACAUGACAAGUACAAAAUGGGUAAUGUUCAUCUUUUUCCAAGGAACUUCGAUUGUUGUCACUUUGAAAUUAUAUGCUGUGUGGUUUUUCCCCUUUUAGUGCUUUAAUGUUCGCAGCAGUUAUAUCUGAAUCUUAUUAUAAGACAUAGUUGGACCUGCUACUACCUAUGGUUUUCAUCAUCUCCCUUUUGUUCUGUCUUCUUUGUACAGUCAUGCGCUUUAGCACAAAAAUAUAUUUAUUGAUUUUUUUCAGAGAAGUAGUUUUCAAGAGUGUCCAUCUAAGACCAUUAGAAACAAUAUGAACCACAGGGAGGCUGUCACUACAGAGGGCACCCAUCCCAGCAUAAAAUUAGGACAUUCUGAUUUGAAGAGUUGUGCUUCUUGUGCUUCUUCUUUUGAAUCUGGCAUUUGAUUGAUGUGAAAAUCCUGUAAAAUCAGCAUAGGCACACAGAAAAUAAUUCUGUGAAACCUGUAGAAUAUGUUAAAUGGGGACAUGCAGUUGCCUCGUGCAUAGAGGCAAUUCAGUCUGUAAUCACUUUGGUUCAAAGGCAGGAUUAAGAGAGAAAUUCUGUUCUCAUUUAUGAUAAUAAAACCCUACAGUAAUUCCACAGAGCACAAUGGGCUAACUCUGAUGUUUCACCAAAGCAAAUGAAAGCACAAAUGGACCUUCAGUCCCAACUGAUUAUAGCUGAUUUUAUUAAUACAAGCUUUUUAAUUUAAAAAACCCAAACCCUGUUUUCAUCUGCCAUCACUGACAGGAGUUAGUGUUGCUGGAAUGAAAUGUGCCGCCUGUCCCAAGCCUAUGAGCCAUGGAAAUUCUCCUUGACACCUAUAUUCAGAAUCUGAAGGGAGAUGGGACUGUUCACUGUCUUGACAAGGUGCAAUUCCAUCCUUGCAGGGGACAGUGAAAAUCAGGUCUGGUAUUAGAAAAAUGAACUUUAGCUACCUGAGUCUUUGCAUAAUAAUUAGCACUGAUCUAUAUAAAUUAUGUAUAGCCUCAUAUUAUUCUGUGUUCAGAUGCAAUGGCAUAAACCCGGUUUAUCUCCAAGACAAUAGAUGGUUUAAUCAAGAACUGCAAAAUUUAAAAGGAGGAUAUGGAUGUAGUAUGGGGGUAAUUGGUAUGUUUAGCUUCCAAAUUCACAGUUUCCACAGUUGGUUGAAGUGCAGAAAUAUUUGCCAAAUAUACACAAUAGAGCUCUGUGUGUUACUGCUUAAAAUAUAUAUAUAUAUCCUCUAAUUACACAAAAUAUACAUGACUAGAUCCCCAACCGAGGGAAACCCACAUAAGUUGACUGCUGUAAAUGAAACUACAACAAUAUCAGCCAGCUGAGGUUCUGUGUCACACAGUGUACUUUGCUGUAUAAUCCAUGCCUUUUUGAAUAAUCAGCUUUUAAAAACACAAUGUAGACCCUACUUUCUUUUAGCAAGGUCACUUUAAACCAUUCUGACAGAGAAGAGAGUCUUAAAAAUGGAUAUAAAUGUAUAUGUAGCAUCAAUGGAAAUCUGACCUGAUAUCUUUCUGAGCAAAAAGAUCUCAGGAUGUGAUGGUGAAUUUAAUAUGCUCUAAAUCUGACAUGGACAAAUGCCUAAAAAAUUAAAAUUAUUUGGUUUGCCAGUGUUUAAAAGUCAAAAACUGUGCCUUGUGUUGUCUUAUAAAUAGUGUAGAAUAUUAAAGUAGCAAUGUGUUCUUGUGCAUUAUAAUUCCAUGUAUUUCUCUACUGGCAGAUAAUUAAAAAGGAGUUUUCUGUGGUCAAGAACAGAGAGGGAAUGUAGAAAAUGAAUUAUAAGACAGAAUUUUCUUUCAGAGCUUCGCCCUUUUGUAUUUUAUGAAUUUCCCUUUUCUUUGUGGAUCUCUAUGGAGUUUGUUGCUAAUAAUUUGUCAAGAGUCUCCUGAAAUUAUUCCCCUGUCACUUUACGAUAAUUUUCAUGUGCUAAGGGGUGUGUAUUUCCCCAAAGAGAUACAAUGUAGAAAACCAGCCAUGUUUCUCUAUUAAGAAUGUCAUAGGGGGGUUUUCCCAU